GAAUAGAAGGAUACAUAAGAGUAGAAUAUCAACUGAUGUGUAAAAUACAUGAACUAGCGGCGACUAUCACUAGUCUGAGUGAACUUCAGAAUGAGUACAAUGUAUUAGAAAUGGCCCAAUCUGGCAGAAAAAUAGAUACCAAGAAACUAUUUAACAAUGAAGUUAACAGUAAAUUGAAGCAAGAUAGACCAUGGAAGAAAGAUGCCAAAUACUUCCAGAAAACUUAUAUCACGUCAUUGGCACUUCUUAAGAUGUCAUUACAUGCCGAGUCUGGUGGAUCCAUUGAAAUUAUGGGCAUGAUGACUGGUAAGAUUGUGGAACGUGGCAUUGUAGUUAUGGAUGUGUAUCCUCUUCCCGUAGAAGGAACCGAAACCCGAGUCAAUGCACAAGCUGAAGGCUAUGAGUAUAUGGUACAAUAUCUUGAGCAGCUGAAGAAGGCCGGCCGAGAAGAGCACAUUGUUGGUUGGUAUCAUUCACAUCCAGGAUAUGGAUGUUGGCUCUCUGGGAUAGAUGUAGCAACACAAAGUCUUAAUCAAAAUUUCCAAGAUCCAUACUUGGCGGUAGUUGUUGAUCCAUCCAAGACAAUUGCACAAGGUAAAGUGGAAAUUGGUGCAUUCCGGACGUACCCUGAUAAUUAUAAGCAACCAACAACGAAGAAUGGUACUAUGAAGCAAAAGCAUAGUAGUGGAGAGAAGAAACUCCCCAAGGAGAAAAGACAAGAUUUUGGGGCACAUUGUGAUAAUUAUUAUUCUUUGGACAUAGAAAUCAUCAAGUCUGAGAAUGAUUCAGCCGUCAUUGACUUGCUUACGGAUCAAUCGUGGAUCUCUGGAUUAAUUAAUACACUGGCAAGAUCUACACAGAAAGAAGAAGAAUUUUCUGACCUUGUUCAAGGAUUGAUUGAUAAAUGUAAAGAGCAGGAACAUGGUAAGUUGAGUUUAAUGGAAGUAUCAUUUCAUAGGAAAUUUGAUCAAAUUUUCGAGGAAGAAAUAAGUGAACGAUUACUUGUAACGCAGGCGGAAACAAGAAAUAGUGCAUUUGUGCUGAAUGUAAGUCCAAGUGAUGGUGAGGACCAUGAUAUGGAAGAUGAGAGUGAUUUAGAGGCUGGUGCUGGUAAGGCAUUGGAUGUUUCAGAUGUUGCGGAAGAGGAGGAUGAUGAUGACGAUGAUAUGUCUAUGGAAAGCACCACCAUUUCAAGGAAUAAACGGAAUGAUGCAGAAGAAGAUCUUGAAAAUGAAGAAAUGAUGUCAGCAUACGGGAUGGCUCGGAGACAACGGAAAAUUCAAAGAAGACGACCUGGUAGUAAUAGUAGUAGUGAAAAUUUACUGAGAUCAAGGUUAGGGAUAGUUGUGGAUGGACCACAUUAUUUGGGUCGUCAAAAGGAAUCAUUAUCUGCAUAUGGAGAACAUGACUUGAAAAUGGCUAAAAAUAAUAAGAAUAUGAAUCAAAUCCUGAGAACUGGUGAAUUGAUUGCCACUUUGGCCAUUGAAGAUUUGCUUACAUUAAGAGCACAACAAAAAGUGUUUGGGGGUUUAAAUUAGGAGACGUAAUAGAAAGAGAAGAAAUAAGAUAAAUAGAGUGUAGGCAAUCAGAAAAAAAAU